CAAGCAUUCUUUAUUCUACUCCCGUUUCUGCACUUUAAGUGAUUAAUCGGAUCAGAAUGAAAAUCAUCAUCAUUUUCGGACUUCUGGCGACUGCUCUUAGCGAAACCAUGUUUCAGAGAGGCUUUUCCAACGAUGCACAGCUCGCAAAUUUUAAAGGUCUGGACCUUAAUGGCGAUGAAAUUAUCCGUAUGAGUGAACUGUUCACCAUGAGAAGGAGAGCUGAUACGAACGAUGAUGGACUGUUGAGCUUUGAAGAGUUUACAAAUGACUCUCCUCCAGAUCUUCCUCCUCUUCAAAAUCAAAUCUUCUUCAACUUUGUGGACAAUCUAGACUCCAGCGUCGACGGCGUGAUCGAUUCCUCGUUCACUUGCAUACAUUUCAGCAUCUUGGAUGUGGACAACAACAGGAAAGUAACUUUUCAAGAAUAUAAAAACCUCUCCGAGCAGGUAAGCUCAUCAUAUUCUAGACAUUUGGUGACAUAUAAUGACAGAAAAGUCCAGAUAGAUAAAAAGGUUAUACAAUUUAGUGAAGGACUAAACUUUUUCCAAAGAUAUUACUUCUUGGGCUAGCAGAGGUGAGCUUUAACUGUAAUUUGCUGAGUCAAAAUCAAAAUAACCCAUUCUGCGGCCUUCAAUGUUUCUUUCCAGGACAAGAUCAUCUGCACAUGCUGCUACAAAUUGCAAGAAAUCUGCAUUUUUAGAAACUAAAGGUUAACUUAUAGUCUUCGAAAAUUAAAACCACUUUUAUGGAUUAAAUAGUAAAUGACUUUUAACUAAAUAUUCACGUGAAGACAGGAAGGCGAAUAACCGAGUGGUUAGAGCUCUGGUGUCCGAACGGACAGCGCGCUGGUUUGAUGCCUGAUUAGCGCAGCAAACUUCAUCAAGUCGAUCUAGCUGGCAGAAAAGUGUACCUGACUAUAUAAGAAGUUAAUAAAAGUAAGGCCGGGAUGGACAGAAGACAAUCACAGCCCUCAGAAAAAUGUCCCAAAGAAUGUGUGUGGUCUCUUGCAUCUCACUCUGCUACUACACGUAAAGGUUAAGGGAUGGCCUAAGCCUUACCUCUAAGACGAUAUAUAAAUGAAAUAUUCUGAAAGAUGCAGAUUUGUUUGCAUGUAUCAUUUUUUUAUGUUGCCAGAUACACAACCACCUUAAAAAAGAGCUGAAGGACAUCGCGGGAUGUUGACAAUCUGUUGCAAUGAUGUGCAAAAGAAGCUCUAAAUAAAUGCAAAU